CCUUCAUCCCUUGACAAUAUAAAACUUACUGCUGUAGAUAUACUGCCAUAUCAACUACACGAAGAGCCUUGCCUGGAAAAUAUACAGACUUGCUUUCCAUCGUUAUCACUAGACAACAUGAGCAGUUUCUCAACGAUCAACACCGGUGUGGUUGAGACGGGCAACUAUAGAAUUGUCGGCAGCGAUAUCGUCCAAACAAAUGAAAACAAAGUAGACAUAAGGACCGGCCCGAAGUGUUAUAACAAAUCACUCGAGUAUUUGUCCAUUGCCGCACACAACGAUGCUAUUUCGGACUCGAGUUGCAAUGAUCAACUCAAUUUAACUGCAAUCAGCCUUAAACGAGCUCUAGCUGAGGCAAGCAUUAACCAGCUUGAGCAGUCUAAAAAGAUCAGAAAGCUCCAGAAGCCUAAGAGCACUAUCAAUAGUAAUGGUAAGGAGGUGCGUGUGGGAUGUCCCUUCUUCAAAAGUAAUCCCCAGGCGCACGCAGAGAAGAUGGGUUGUCGAGGCAAGGGGUUUCUUGAGAUGUCGAAGCUAAAACCACAUUAAAACGCACAAACGUGAAGUGUCCGAGGAGUUCAUCGAAGAACACUUGAAUUUUACCUUUGGGAGUUUCAAGAAGCUUGGUACUAUAGAA